AUGCCUGCAGUGUCAAAUUCACUCCCAACACCAGCAAUCUCGCUGGUCUCCACGUUCAACUCAAACAAAACAACCGAACACAACUACAAACUAGCGUUGAAACAAUUCAUCAACAAGAACUUUAUCGGAUCAUUCAAAUUGAUACAUCAAGUCUACUAUUCAGCAUUCAACGAUUACAAACAGGGGACAAUCUCAGAGGACUUACUUAUCAAAAUCAUCAACUUGUACCUCGUUGUCGUUGGAGUGUGUCUCAAGAGCAAGAGCCUUGAUAAUGUACAAGCCAACGCUGCUCGUAAUUCCUUCACUAGUAAUGAAAUCUUGAACCAAAUCAAAUCAGUUUGGCUUGAGGCUGAUAUUCCGUAUGAAAUUAAGUACAAUAUCCAGCUUGUAUAUGCAACUAAUCAAGACUUGAUUCUCGACAAAGAGCUGUAUUUGCACAAUUUGAAGAAAUGGUAUAUUAAUAUCGACACCGAUGAUAAAUUUGGUGGAAAAUUGCUUGAUUUGGUGAAAUUUGAGAUCCUACCCCAGUUUGAGCUCUAUGAUGAAAGUGAACGGUUGAUUGGUGAUGAUGAAAGUGAGUUGCAAAGGUUGCACGACAUCAAGGAUGGUAAAGAGGAAUUUAAGAAUAGAUUGAAACAGGAACAACUCCAAGCUGAAAAAGCAGCAAAGGAGGCCAAGGUUAAAGUCGAGGCUGAUGCUAGGAAAACUGCAAAGGAACUGAGUUUAAAGUACAGCUCAAUUAAGGAGAUUAUAAAUAAUUACAGCAAGGAGGAGAGUAGGUCGGCACCAAGCACUUCUCAAGGUCGCAGUUUGAGUCGUCAACAACAAGUCCAGGCUUUGAAGCAGCGAUUGUCGUAUAUUCUAAACAUCACUGGGUCUUUUCUUGCUCGGAAUUCUGUGGUAUUAGUGGUGCUAAUUGUUUUAUUCCUUGGGUCUGGAAGGUAUUUGAGAAAUGCAAAUAUAAGAGACAAGAUUGUUGAAACUGUGAAAAUGGCUUUCAAGUUUACCUAUGUAUAA